GAUAAUUUCGACUCUCUUCGAUAUUCAGCUCACUUCAGAAGGAACGAGAAGGCGAGCGAGGCGAGCGAGGCGAGCGAGGAGUGCAAACAAUAAAAAAUGGCGCCUGGUGUACGUCAAAGACAACUCUUUUAUAUAAAAAAGGAUCAAAAGAAAAACAAUGCCCGUAAAUUGUCAAAAUCUGAAGAAUCAUCGGAUAUUCGACUUGUAUAUCCAGGUGGUGAUACGGCAUUUAAAUUAUUAUUAUCAGCUAGGUUUUGCUCCGCAAUGUGGAGUCACAUAACAGACUGUGAUGAGACGUACAAUUAUUGGGAACCUAGUCAUUAUUUACUUUAUGGUAAUGGUCAACAAACAUGGGAAUACAGUCCUCAGUAUGCAUUAAGAUCGUAUAUUUAUUUAUUAAUUCACGUGGUACCGGCAAAAUUAUAUCAUUAUUUAUUGGAGCCAAAUCCUGUUCUUGUUUUUUAUUUUAUGCGCUGUCUCUUGGCUGUGGGCUCUGCACUGUCGGAAGUUUAUUUCUACAAAAAUGUAUGUCGAGAAUUUGGUGUUCAUGUCGCUCGUAUGACACUCGUUUUUCUAUUAUUUAGUUCCGGAAUGUACAUAUCGAGUGCAGCCUUUUUGCCAUCUUCGUUUUCAAUGUACUUGAGUACAGUUGCCAUAUCAGCGUGGUACACACGAAAGUAUGAAUUCGCUAUAUUUGCAACUGCAGUGUCAGCUUUACUCGGUUGGCCAUUUGCUGCAUUACUUGGACUUCCAAUCGCACUGGAUAUGCUGAUAAACAGAAAAGAAUGGAGCAAAUUCAUUAAAUGGUCUUUAUUUUCGGCUGUUGUCAUUUUAUUGCCAAUGAUAUGGGUGGAUUCAAUGCACUUUGGAAAACUUGUUAUAGCUCCACUUAAUAUUGUUUUGUACAAUAUUUUCACUGAACAUGGACCAAAUAUUUAUGGCACUGAGCCAUUUAGUUUUUAUUUCAUAAAUGGCUUUUUAAAUUUCAACUUUAUAUUUAUUGGAGCUUUGAUUGCUCCCUUUUUAUUGAUUUUAGCUUGGGCUGUUGUUCCCGCGAAACCUCGGCACAGUUUAUGUUUACCGUAUUAUUAUUCAUUGGCACCACUUUAUAGUUGGAUCGUCGUCUUUUUUCUACAAUCGCACAAAGAGGAGCGCUUUCUCUUUCCAAUUUAUCCCAUGAUUUGCUUGGCGGGAGCAAUUUCACUUGAUAUUUUACAAAAACUGUAUUUUUUUGUUCGAACAACAUUAAAGCCACUUCCUGCUCAAAAGCGCAAUACACAUUAUUUACAAUUUACACCGCAUAUCACAAUUGCAGCGAUAUUGGUAUGUGGACUUAUGGGAUUGUCAAGAACCUUCGCCUUACAUCGAGGUUAUUACGCACCGAUGGAAAUAAUGAUGGAGACAAACAAAUUAGGAAUCGAAGGUUUAGUUUCAAAGGAUGUUAAUAUCAAUUUUUGCGUGGGGAAGGAAUGGUAUCGUUUUCCAAAUUCCUUCUUCUUUCCAUCGAAUAACUGGAAACUUCAAUAUUUAGAAUCAGAUUUUAAGGGACAAUUGCCUCAACCUUAUUUAGAUCAUGAAAAUGCUACGAGUAUUAUUCAACCAAAUUUCAAUGAUAUGAAUAAAGAAGAGUCAUCGCGUUAUUUCGAUGUAGAAAAAUGUCAUUUUAUAUUUGAUUUGGAUCUCGGUACCGAACCAAAUUGGGAGAGAGAUUACUCUCAUCAGCCAGAUAAUUUUCUAGUCAUUAAAUCGUCUGAAUUUUUAAAUGCCGCCAAAUCCCAUCCAUUGUUUCGAGCAUUUUACAUUCCAUUUGCACCAAAAAAAUUAUGCACUUAUGCUUCGUACAAUUUAUUACAAAGUACAAAGUUCAAGUUGACCACAUCGUCCAAAGUAAAACCAACAAAAAUACUAUAAACUACACAAUGAUCGUAUAUUUACAAACAUUUGGAUGUGUACAUUAAAAAAAAGAAGAAAAGAAAAAGAGGCGUUGAAAAACAGAACUCAAGACGUGUCACUUAGUUACAUCUUUGCUGUGAUUACGAUAGAAAAAACAAUUCAACGUGUUAUUAAAUGUUACAUUAAGUCAACUUAUUCCUUUUGUAAUUUAAAAAAAAAAUCUUUUUUACAACUGUGAUUUUUUUGUACGUCUUCUUAAAAUGUCAUUAUUACAAAAAAAAAGAUCUGAAAUAAAAGACAAAAAAAAAAUAGAUUUGUUUACUGGCUUUUUAAAAAGAUAAUAAUCAUUUUGAUAAAUGAAAAUCAAAUAUAUUUAUUUCCAUAUUUGCAAAUCAAAUGCAUGUACAAUUUAUUUUGCAUUUCUUAAAAAUUCGCUGUCGUUCACUAGAAUUUCUACAUUCUAUCGAGUAGUAAAGUAUUAAAAAUAUUACGUAAAAUUCUGGUCCUGAUUUAUAAUAAUUUGAACGCACGUUCAAUUAAGAUGCUGAUGUUUCUCUAUUGUUUUCCUCAUAAAAAAUCAACUUUUCAAUCCUUUCAAUAAUCUAAUCAGUCUAUUCAAUUAAAUCAUUUCCACGAUAUUUUUCAAUAUGUUCAUUCACAGUCGGUAAA